AAUGGCCCGAGCCUCUAUCAGCAGUCGUGGAAGACACGUUGCGCGUGCCCAUGGUCUGCACACCGACUCCAGAAAGCACGUCUGGUCGCGGUGCUUCAGUGGCUCCCAAGACUCCAAGCUAAUCGCACCAUUGCUCGAUUUUGUCGCGUUUCGCCGUGCUUUCAUUGUGAUACAGUGCACUUCGCAGACUACAUUUCGUAGGUUCUCUCGCAUCUCGAUUCAUUUCCCUUUGAGACUCGAUACACGUGGAAAGCAAACGUUUUUCCUUGGUUUUAAAUGUUUAUGAUUCUUCAUCCAUCGUGAAAAUCGUCAGUGAAGGUGGCCACGCUGUGAAAAUAACUGAUAGCAGCUUCGGAGAAUUUUUGUCAGAUGGAAAUACUUGUGUAUCCCUUUUCGAAGAUUAAAGUAAUUGCAAUACGAAAUGUAUCAGGGUUUCUUUGGGACACAGUGAUUUUCUAUUAAUUUAGCUUUCUUUGCUAUUCGACUUUUAUGAAUCGUUCUCCUCUUAUUUUAAUAUAAGUAUCCCUUGCAGGCUUAAUUUCUCGAGCCUAAAUUAAAUUUUCAAUAAAUUCAAUAUUACCUUGGCUCGAUAAUUUUAAAUUCGAUGCAUGUUCGAAUCCACCCUUCGUUCUCCAUCGAUCGUCCCUUACAUUGGAAAAAAAUGGUACCUCUGUAUCUGUCAGCCACCCAGAUUGUUGCAUUCCAUGUAUCGAUUCGAGGUGUAGCGUAAUUGAGAGCGAGAAAACCUCCCUUUAGUCUGAAGUACAGUGAAAAUUACCAGUGCACGUUAGUCUCCGUGGAGAUUUGGACGGGACACUCGGGCGGAAAAAAGAAAAAUGGCCACAGACACGCUGAGCGAGCGGCUGUCCAGCAAGCUUCACCUGCAGACCAAGACCGUGGGCGAGGAGAGGAUAAAAAGGGCGAAGGAGAAGGACGAGGAUGUCGCGAUAUUCAGCAUGUUCCCCAUGGAGGGCGACCCUAAGUUCAGGUGCUGCCUGGGGAAGGACUGCGUCUUGGGUGACCCCAAGAAGGCGGAACCAGGUACGAAGAAGAUGGAGUACAAGACCAGACAGUGGCACGAGAAAUGCUUCUGCUGCGUGGUGUGCAAGAAUCCGAUCGGAACGAAGAGCUUCAUUCCGCGGGAACAGGAGAUCUACUGCGCAGGAUGCUACGAGGACAAGUUCGCCACUCGGUGCGUCAAGUGCAACAAGAUCAUCACCAGCGGUGGCGUGACGUACAAGAACGAGCCGUGGCACAGAGACUGCUUCACCUGCAGCAACUGCAACAAUUCCCUUGCUGGACAACGAUUCACUUCGCGCGAUGACAAGCCAUACUGCGCCGACUGCUUCGGGGAGCUGUUCGCCAAGAGAUGCACCGCCUGCUCCAAACCGAUCACCGGCAUUGGCGGCACUCGCUUCAUCUCUUUCGAGGACAGGCAUUGGCACAACGACUGCUUCAUCUGCGCGGGCUGCAAGACUUCGCUAGUCGGCCGUGGCUUCAUCACCGACAACGAGGACAUCAUCUGCCCCGAGUGCGCCAAGAUGAAGCUGAUGUAAGGCGUCGAGCAACGAUAUCGAACAAACGAAGAAAAGGUGGAAGAAGGGUGGAGAGAACCGAACCAACGAAGAUCCACUGGUCCCACAGUUCGACGCGGACAGGCCAUCCUACCCCCGCUGACGAUUCCUCCCCCUUUGGAACGAGAAGACUCCGUUCCUUAAACAGAAACAAAAAAUAUUAACAUAAACGAUCGAGUUUAAUCGCGAACAAUAUUUGAUUGGAAGCUGUCGUUCGACGGCGAUUUCAGGAAUCCGGCGCCGAUGGGGAUCACCGUGUCCCUACCCACUCCUCGAGUAUAUUUUCAGGAAAUAUAUAAUAUACGUCUCUCUGUAUACCCAUCGCUGGGAGACACGGUGAUUCCCAUCUAGAACCGCGGAAAAAAAUACACCCGUCUGGGACGAUCUCUUCGUGUCGAUCGUGCCUCGAGAAGCGAGCCCCGAUCGCUCUUCGUUCAUCGAGGUCGAGUCUUUGGGGAUCGCUUCUCAGCUUCGUAGUUUUAGAGGCCGUAGUCGUUUGUGAUUUUUCAAUCUCUCCGUCGCUCGAUUCUCGUUGAAAAUCGAGACGAGCCGCUAACGUAGGGACGAAACGAACAAUGCCUUGAAGAGUCCGUGAAUAAAACCGCCUUAAACGUAAUUACUAUCGUCGGGAGUCGUUACAUUGUGUUGAUUAGGAAAGAACGAAGCCGCGUACCGUCGUGAAUUGUUAUUAACGUUAUUGUUUUAUUAUUAUUAUUAUUUUCUUUUCGCUUACUCGCGACGAGCUAGGGGAGAGGAACGAUCGCGAUUAACGCAAGGAAAAUGAAGAUGAAUCCUAUAUAUAUAUAUAUAAAUAUAUAUAUUCUUAUCGAAAACUAAAUUUGAUAUACGUACCGUAAAUAAUGUUAUUUUUAUUUAACUUAAAACUCACGCGAAUAGACCGACACUCACACACACACUCACACGUGGACAUGUCAUACACACACACAGACACGCCGACGCACCCCUUCGCUAAGCGACACUGUACAGUAAGACUCGUGCGAACACCGAGAAUGUAACGAAACGGUGGAAUCCCAAGAUGGCUCGCGUGCAGGAUCGCGUGGGGGUUCUAAAACUCGCCUACGACCAAGGAAGACCUAGGUACCACGUUAGAGACCUAGUUCAUCAAGCUUAGACUCUGAAUCCUUCAACCUGAUCCUUAAAACCUAGGACCGAGACCCUCGAGGACCAAAACAAUCCUGACAUCUAGACCUAGGGAUUCGGAUUUUUCGGGUCCAAGCACCUUCAACUCCGUACCUUCCUCUGCCCUCCAACGAAAGCUGGUCUCUGCACCCGAGCCAAAAAAUUAACGCAUGUGCUCGUGCGCCAACCAAGAUGGUUUACGACAGGGACGAUCGACCUUCUCCCUCGAUCGCUACUGUUUUCUCUGUCUAGAGAAAUAAUAGUAUUAAAAGAAACACGAAUAAUCACACGCACUCACGACACGCAUCAACGGGACGAGUGUGCGGGCACGCACACGCGGAAAACACUAAUUGUGGCCUUAUCCGCACGAGUACAUAGGUGGUAACUAACUUCUUACAAAAUAAUUAUCGUUACAUCGGUAAACUGGACCGAAGGACAGUAACUUGUCGUGCUACUAGCGCUCGUAGCGAUGGAACGACGAAACACGUUUCGUUCUGUCGUUGACGGGCUAGUAGUUCGAUAGAGAAUUGUGCUUUUGGUCCAUUGUACCUAUUAGAAAUUUAUUACACAUCGUCGACGCGAGGAAGAAAUAGCGUGCAAGCGAACGGGCGAACAAACGGUAGCGUGGACCUCUAUAGAGACGAAAGAACAACAAAAAAAUACAUUCGAAAAUGGUUUAAAAAAAAAAAAAAAUAUAUAUAGAAGAGAAACGUUCGACGCGCGAACAACAAAGGAUCGUGAUGACCAAUAAAUUACACGUGCUAUAUAAUGUAUGUUCUUACCGAUCACUCACAUACUAAUCGCCUUAAUUAGUAAACGAUAAAGAGCAGAGAUUAUUCUAUAUUCAGCGUAUCGUAUACACUGUUAUACUGUGAAAUUGAUAAAUAAAUAAAUGUAAUUAUUUACAA